AUGCUGUUUACAAUGCUGGAUGGAACUGCACUUCGUGCCUUCGAUGCAGUCAAUAUGGAUGAUUUGGAGCAGUCAGGGGGUCAAGACCUUGUUUACCAGGUGUUGGACGAACGGUUUCCGGAGGAGGCUGUUCACGACCGCCUGGGAGAAGUGCUGGAUAAGAUCUUUGACUUGAAGGUGGAAAAGGGUGAAUCUACGUCAGGUUACACUGGCAAGGCACGAGCAGCAUUCUCCGCUGCAGAGGCUGAAGGUGUCCGCCUGCCGUCAGUGGCUAGAGGAUACCUGCUGCUGCGAUUCGCCAAGCUACCUCAAGACAAGAAGGCCGUUGUCAUGGCUGCGGCAAGACAAUCUUAUGAAUCAUAUGAAGAACAAGACAUCGCUGCAGCUCUCAGGACGACGUAUCCUGAAGGCCUGUAUUCCGGUCGUUCUGGAAGUCAUGUCGCCACAGUUGAACCUCUGCAAGAAGAAUCUGACGUGGGUGACGUUGGUGAUGUUUUCCUUGCUGAGGACGAUGAGGGCCAGGUUGGGGAUGAUGACCCAAUUGAAGAACAAGAUGCCAUCGAUGUUCUUCUGACAUGGAAGCAAACACGACAGAGCAUCAACAAAGAAAAACUAUCCCGCGGGCUGAACUCAGGAGGACUCAAGAAGCUGGAAGCCCGGGUGAAGUGCUACAAGUGUCAGAAAGUCGGACACUUCUCUCGCAAUUGUCCGCAACGCAAGGGCAAGGCGAGUGGCAAAGGUGACACAAGCAGUGGCUCAACCAGAGUCAGUCUGGUCUACAUGGUCGGUGCCACCACCGAGAUCAGUGAAGAUGACCAGAUUGCUGAGGUGAUGAGAAGCUGGGCAGAUCGACCCAAGGACAGCUGGACAGUGACGGAGAAGGAAGUGGUGAGACAUCAUGUGAACCCCCGCUCUUCGUUGUUCAGCCCGGCUCGAACAGGUUGCCCAGUGCCCAUUGGCCAGUUGAGCAUGGCUCGAAUGACAGAGAUGAAGUACAAGGACGGCACGGUGGAAGAGCAAUUCACUCCGAAUUGGAAGAACAGCCUUGAGGAACACGGAGCAUUGGAAGAUGAGACACAACAGGAUGGAAAACCCCUGUUCAAGCAGGAUGACAUCGAAGAUGGGCUGGAUCAUGAGACACUUGGAGAUGAACAUGUCCUUCAAGCCGAAGGCCAAGAGCAUGAAGAAUCAGAAGAUUGGUCCAAAUUCAACGACGAGAAACUGUUCCGCCUCAGUGACCCGCAAGAAGAGCUGGACCAAGAGAUCUUCGGCAGAGAGUAUGCCUUCCAGGUCGGGGACAUUGAGCAGGAGAUUGACGAGAUCACGGAUGCUUUCUUUGCCGAGUCAGCCGUGUGGGAUGAUCCGGAGCAAGAAGAAGCGGAGACGUUCAAAGAACCUGGCAGUAGUGAUGAUGAAGACGGUGAUGAACACAACCCCAAGAGAGUCAUUGUGCAUGUCAAGCUGCUGAACGCCAAAGGAUAUGACAUCACCGAACUGCCAGAGAAGAUGCACACCUUCAGGUACGGCAAUGGCUCAGCCGACAAGACUGGAAGGCGAGUGGAAAUCCCGGUCUUUGUUGGGGGCAAGGAGCUCAGAGUGCGCCUCCACGUGGUUCCCGGAGAAGUGCCGCUGCUGAUCUCGAAACGAUUGCUGAAGAGCCUGGGGGCGAUGAUUGAUUUGAACGACAACAAGCUGGUGAUGACCAAGGCUGGAGUUGCAGCGCCAAUCCAUGAGAUGAAGGACAAUUCCUAUCAGAUCAAUCUCCUUGAUCUUGAUAAGAGGACCACCCUGUCGACACCAGAAGUGGAUGUGAUGCGAGUCGAGCCCUUUUGUGAGGACUCGAGUCAGGAAGAAGAUGACCACACCGGAGUUUGUCAUGUGUUCAAGGCCAAAGAGCGCAAGCAGAUCCUGGAGGGAGUUGGCUCAGUGUUGGCAAAUCAUGCCGCCAACGCUCCGACCAUCGUCGAAGUGUUCUCUCCGGGCCGCUUCCAAGCCAUGGCCGAACAAUGCGGACUCCAAGGUUGA